UGCCCGGAGGUUCCGGGUUUCCUGGGCUACUACGAUGGCGAUGAGUUUCGAGUGGCCGUGGCAGUAUCGCUUCCCGCCCUUCUUUACGUUACAGCCGAACGUGGACACUCGGCAGAAGCAGCUGGCCGCCUGGUGCUCGCUGGUCCUGUCCUUCUGCCGCCUGCAUAAACAGUCCAGCAUGACGGUGAUGGAAGCCCAGGAGAGCCCGCUCUUCAACAACGUGAAGCUACAGCGAAAGCUCCCUGUGGAAUCAAUCCAGAUCGUAUUAGAGGAACUGAGGAAGAAAGGGAACCUGGAGUGGUUGGAUAAGAAUAAGUCUAGCUUCCUGAUCAUGUGGCGGAGGCCAGAAGAAUGGGGGAAACUCAUCUAUCAGUGGGUUUCCAGGAGCGGCCAGAAUAACUCCGUGUUCACCCUGUAUGAACUGACCAAUGGGGAAGACACAGAGGAUGAGGAGUUCCAUGGGCUGGAUGAGGCAACCCUACUGCGCGCUCUACAGGCCCUGCAGCAGGAGCACAAAGCCGAAAUCAUCACUGUCAGCGAUGGCCGAGGCGUCAAGUUCUUCUAGCAAUACCUGUCGCCCUUCUUACCUCCUACCCUGACAGGGCUUCAAAGGGAGACAGACCCAGUGUCCCCACCGGCUGGAUCUCUGCCUCUACCAGACUCAAAAGGGCUCUAGUCCAGGGAUGGGGUCCCACUUACCCCAUGUGUCUGUCCCUGGGUUGGGUGAGGGUGAGGUAACCGGGAGAAAAGAUGUGCUUCUCUUUUUCCCACCUCUGCUCCCAUCCUAGUUAGCCCUGAGCCAGGCUCUGUAAAUCUAACACUGCACAUAUGUUCACACACAUAAGUUCACACACACACACACCUGCACAAGCAUCUGUCUCUUCCCCCUCCUACUCCCUUAGCUGCUGUUGCCUCCCUCUCAGGCUGGUGCUGGAUCCUUCCCAGGGGAUGGGGGAAGCCCUGGCUGCAGGCAGCCUUCCAGGCAGUAUGAAGAUAAGAGGCCCAAGUAGGGGCCUGACAGUGAAAGGCAGGGUGGGACACUGAUUUAUGAUAUUAAAAAAGUUCAACCCCAC